CGGCAUUCGUCUGCCGAGCCCGUACGCCACUGUUGCGCGUUCUCAUCUCUCUUCGAGCUUCGCACGCCGCUCCGCGCGUAAUCAAAAACUUUUUAUGAUAUAAUAUUCCGGCGCAACACACAAUAAUAAUAUAAUACGAUAUUAAUACCGUUAAUCGCGUACCAUUUUUAUACCGGCGCAACCGUAGUUGUCCGACGGUCUGCCGUCCUAUACGUGUAGAUCCGCGGGGGAAUGCCGUCGUUCGGACGCCGGAACCGCAGAGAGCGUACGCCAGCGGAACAACUGAGACACUUGUUGCAGCGCUUCCUGGACCUGUACAACCGCGCGUCGGCAGCGUAUCACCGGAUGCGAGCGGGGCCCGUACAUCCGGAGCGGGACAUCUUAGAGCGGCUGCAUUACUCGUCUUGGCUGUCCCCGGUCACCCGGGAGAGGCGCAUGAGAAAUCGCCGGACGAAGGAAUAGAAACGAUCGGUCGGCCGAUUCGGGCUGACCAGCGCCGCCGCCGAGAAGCAGGGGCAACGCGACAGUCGGACGCGUGACAAAACCGACGAGCGGCCGGAGACGACCACGACAGACGACAGCGAGGGCGACAGGACCGGCGACGAGACGAACGGAGCCAAAGAAAAGGACAAAAAGGACUACGACGCCGACAGCGAUACCGACGACGACAGCGACGACGAUAGCGACGAUUACUGGGAGAUACGAGUCUAAGACUACGGUCAUCAUGAAAUUGACGUGUUUGUUGUGUCGCGUCCGCGAAAUUUUAGUGGUCUACGUCAGAAUUCCCAACACGUCGUUCAACUUGCUCGUCUCUAUUAUUCAAAGAGAUCAUGUUAUAUAUGCGCUCUCACAUAGCGUUUUGCACCUUUUGAUGCGUCAAUUCAGCACUCGUGCAGCAUGCCUCAGCCGUAGAAGCAGGAGGACGAUCCCAAAAAAUAAGACACUGCCACUUCGAUUGAUCCGCCGCAACCGCUUUAUUAAAGUUAGUUAUUUCAUGGACUACCUGCGCUAUAAUAUUGAUGUAUUAUACAAACAAAUGUUUGUGCGAUAUACGUACACCAAGUUGCGUUCACGUGGCCGGCUCGUUAAAAAUCGUAAGCUAUUUGCACUUUUCUACUUUUUCAAAUAAAAUACCACUGACGAUGAUCCGUUCUCAGGGGGUACUACCCCCUAGGAAAUACAAAAUAUAUUUAAACAAGAAAAAAAAAAAACUUUAAUCAUGUACCCCAUAUAUACAUUUUACAUUUAAUAAUUAUAUAAUCAUAUUUAUAUUAUCAUUGCUUUAAUAUCGUAUUUCUGCUUUUAGUCAUGCUUUGAGAAUACUAAAGGUACUUAAUACUUAUAAAUUAUAACAUAGGACAUUAGUCAAAAUUUAGAUAGCUUCGCGUAGU